CACACUUUCCCGGCCGAGAAUUAAGCUCGAAAGAAAACUUGGAAAAAUAAAGGAAAACGUCAACAAUAAAUCGGAAAAGAGACGGCUAUACGGGAUUGGGCGAUCACGUGGAGAGGUCUGAUGCCACGAAGAGCUAGCACUUGAAUAUAUGAAGAUCCGAGAUGAAGAUCCGAACGAGGAGGAGCCUUUCCUUCGCCGGCUGCGGCUUCCUGGGCAUCUACCACGUCGGAGUGGCCGUCUGCCUGCGCCAACAUGCGCCCCAACUGCUGCUGGAGAGGAUUGCCGGCGCCUCCGCCGGAGCUUUGGCCGCCUGCUGCCUGAUCUGCGACCUGCCGCUGGAGUGCAUGGCCGAGGACUUCCUGCGGGUCGUCCAGGAGACGCGGCGCCACUCGCUGGGCGCCUUCAGUCCGUGGUUCAACCUGCCGGAGUGCCUCCUCGAGGGGAUGCACCGCCGCCUGCCGGCGGACGCCCAUCGGCGGGUCAGCGGACGCCUGCACAUCUCCCUCACCCGCGUCAGCGAUCGCUGCAACGUGGUCAUGUCGGAGUUCGACUCCCGCCAGGAGCUCCUCCAGGCCCUCAUGUGCUCCUGCUUCAUUCCCGGUCUCUCGGGGCUGCUUCCCCCGCAGGUCAAAGGAGUUCGCUACAUGGAUGGCGCCUUCUCGAACAAUCUGCCUUUGCUGGACGAGCACACCGUGACCGUGAGUCCCUUUUGCGGGGAGAGUGACAUAUGUCCGCGGGAUCAGAGCCCCCAUCUGCUGCAGCUGAACAUCAAUUGGGCCAACACUUGCAUCCGGCUGUCCAGGAGGAACUUAAGGCGGAUGGUGCGAAUCCUGCUGCCGGGCAGAGCGGACUUCAUGGCCAAUUUCUGUCAGCAGGGAUACGACGAUGCGUUGCACUUUCUGCGCCGGAAUAGCCUGCUCAAAGAGGGAUUCAGGGUCAAGGAGAAGAUCAUGAUCAGUUGGAUCCAUCAGCAGGAGGAGAGGGAGAGAGCGCGAGGCGAGAGCCCCAGGGUUUUGGAGAAAGCUGUUAAGGAAAAGAAGUCCCAAGAGCAGAUGGAUAGGAAGCAGAAUCGCAGGAAUCGAAAGCAGAAGCCUCAAAGGCAAUAUCUGCAGAGUCCUUUGAAAAAUCAGCAAGAGAAGAAGAAUGUAAGGAGUCAGGAAGAAAGGAUCAGGAAAGAAAACUAUCCGAAGAAAGCUACAACGACGCGGGAGAAUCAUCUAGAGAAGAGCCUAAAUCUGACGCCCCAGGAGGAGCAGCAUUGCUCCCUCAUAGGCUCCACCUGGUCACUCCUCCGUCGCGUGAUGACCGCUCCGCCGCUGGCCAGGCACAUGGUCCAAAUGAUCGCCCGUCGCCUCAGCCGCAGUCUCACGCUCUGCGAGCAGCCGCACUUUGAUCUCGCUCUGAUGCAGGCACCCUCCACCUCCUCCUCGAGCAGCCACUGCCCCCCAUCGACGCCACUGGGUGAUAGCGAUAACGGUGAUAGCAAAGUCAAGGCCAAGCGAGUGUGCGAGGCCAGCCAAGUGGAAGCGGGAGAUCAGAUGGCUGAAGACGAGGGACAUUAG